AACUCUGGCCACACUUAAGUAGCACAGCAGCUUGUCUGCGAAACAAGCGCGAUUUUGUAUAUGCGUCUUUUCCAUUACAAACUUUCAUGCAAUAAAUGGAUAUUUUGAAAUAAUUGAAAGUAAUGACGAGUAUACGCAAAAAGAAAAAGCCAAAAUGUGACCCAAAGGCGUCUGAGCAAAUGCGCAACUGGUUAACUAAGCAUAAACACACAAACAGUACUCCCCCAGUUACGUUCAGUAUGUUUAGCAAAGUAGUGGAAAACCUUCCGGAUAUCGCAUUUCAGAUACAGUGCACCGAGUUUGCCGGCUCGAACAAAACAUUGGAUGAGUGCGCCCUCUGGUAUUACAAUGCCUUCUACAGCAAUCCCACAAUCCGCACGAAAUACGAAUUCAGACUGAGAUCCUGCCCGUUGCGGGUGAGGGAGAAGUUGCUGCAAGUGACCUCGGUUGGCUCUGCUGAGGCGACCACGAAUCCGACUCGUGGGCUCCAAAAUGAAUGGGUUCCCACUGAAGAUGGGGUUGAGGUCAGAGUCAACAGAUGCGGACGUUUCCUGUUUCCAGUCUCGUUAGCCACGUUUGAGCGUUAUAUUGAUAAGAAAAAAGUGCUUGAUGGCAUUGUACGAAAGGAGGCCAAGGAUAAGGCGCAGCGUGCGGCGAUGUUAGCCAAUGAGGCUAUGUGCCGGAAGCUUUUGCGCAAAUACUAUAACGCAUUUUACAUCUUUCCAAGCAGACGUCGCCUCGAAAGAUGCAAUUUCGCAGGGGCGCCAGUUGCACUGCGGGAGCAGUUGCUUAAAAUAGGCGUUCCUUUGGAUGAGUUGGCAGUGAAAACGCUGGAGAAAAAGUCACAGCAACAGCAGACCACUGAAGCACCGCCCCAAGCCGAUAAUCAACCAAGCAGUUCCUGUUCAUGUAGCACGUCGUCGAUUGUGAGCUUUGGGGUUUUUGAAAAAUAUAUCAAGAAUAUCUAUGAUAUCGUGUGGCGUCUGAAGCUUGAUGAGCCCGACUAUGCUUACAAAGGCUUCGAGGAAUGUGCUUAUGAGUAUUACUUGGAUUUCUACCUAUCACCCGAAAUCCGCGAUAAAUACCCAUACGUAUUAGCACCGUGUACGAGCUCAAUGAAAGACCGCCUACUCGCAUUGCCAAGCCCAGAAGAUGCUAAGGUGUUGCUGCAAAUGAAAUCAAAUGCAAGUCAGAGCCAAGGCUUAACAGAGUCCCCUCCAGUUAAGCCCCAAGUGGAAAACGUUGAUGCAAACCAGCCCACUAUACAAGAUGAGGACAUUGCAGUGGAAUCCGAUGAAAAUCAGCCCGUUAUUCAGUUGCAGCCUGAGAAGACGCAAACAAUAAGGGAUGAGCAGCCACAGUUCAAGCCACCCGUUACAUUCCAGCUGUUCAAGCGCUACAUAAGGAAUAUCGACAGAAUUGUGCAACAGAUGUUGUGUUGCGAUAGGUACACGGGCAAAACUGAAGAUGAGUGCGCCCUGGAAUACUACAACACGUUCUAUACAAAUCCAAAAAUACGUGAGCAGUUUCCGUUCCAGCUCAAACCAUGUCCGGCCAGGAUACGUGAUAAAUUGCUGACUCUGCCAGAUGAAGUUGCCAAUUCGGCGGACAAAGUCACGGACAAUAGUCACAGCAACGAGGACAAUUUACCUGUUAAUUCUGACCGAAAACUGGUUACACUUUCGGGCAUAACGUAUGAGUUUAUGGUUUCUUUUGAAACAUUCGUGCGAUAUAUUAAUUACGCGGAACUUAAGAUGCAGCUUGACAAGACAUACGAGGAUAAAAAAGGAAAAAGUGGCGACAAGCCAAAUGAUGAGCAAAUAAUGAACCGCUUCUACUAUUUGUUUUAUACAGACGAAAGAGUCCGAAAAGCAUUUAAAUUCAAUUUUAAUGCAGCUCCAGCUAGUCUAAGAGAAACAUUAUUGAAGAUGGCAACACCAGUUGGCAGCAAGGAGCAACAGUCGCCAAGCAAAGUGCCAAAUGACGAAGCCACGCCGACUACCGAGGAGGGGGGGAAAGGAGGCGAGCAGGAAGUGCCUACCACACAGCCAAAGGACAGCGACUGUGAAAUCACCGAAAUCGUCAGUUUCGAUUACAAAUUUGAUGUGGUAGAGGAUCUGGGAAAAGCCGGCCGGUUUAAGUUUCCCGUCUCCUUUCAAACAUUUAUGCGUUGCAUUAACUACAAAGAGCUCAUUAGGCCUUUACUCGUACGUGUCAUACAAGACGAGUCGCAGAUGGCGGCUAUAGUAGAAAGUCCGAUGCAUCCUCAGUACCAAAAGAUAUUGAGGAGAUAUUAUCACUCGUUUUAUGUUCGCCCGAACAUUCGCAAUUUAUAUGAUUAUCGAUUUGGGAAUGUAAGUCCGGAACUCUUGCAGAAAUUGUUAGCUUAUGCUGAGCCCUUGGAUGACAAUGCCAAUAGAGAGAUGGCCGAAGCCGCAAACGAACUUGCGUUAGCUAAUAAAAUAAAAGCCCAGGAGGAGGAUGAUGAACUAGUUAAAACGUUUCCCGUAACAUUCAAAUUAUUCAAGCGUUGCAUCAAAAAUCUCGACGAGAUUGUGCAACAAAUGUUGUGCUGCGAGGAUUAUAAGGACAAAUCUAAAGAUGAGUGCGCAUUUGAAUAUUUUAAAGCUUUUUAUACGGAUCCGCAAAUACGUAAAAAGUUUGAAUAUACAAUAAAACCGUGUCCGGCUAAACUGCGUGACAAACUGCUCAUGUUGCCAGCUACUGGCUCUCCUGAGCUUGAUUUAGUAGAACCCGAGCCAUGUGAAAUAGAUCCGAAACCGUCUCAUUUCGAAGAACCCAGUGCAAAGGAGUCUGAGCCAGGGCAGGAGGAGUCUCUGGUCGAAGUGGCUGAACCAAUGCCGGAUAUAGUCGACGUGAACUGCAACUCGGGUCAAAGCAACAAUAACAACAUUUUAGUGCAAAGCGAAAGGGUUUUGAUAACCUUACAAGACAUCACCUAUGAAUUUCCUGUUUCAGUGCAAACAUUUAAGCGCUACAUCAACUAUGACACGGUCAGGAUUGAGCUAGCAAAUGCCUUCACGAAAAGCAAGCAGAAAGUUGAUAAAAUAUUGAGUGAUGAUCGCUAUGAUCUGGUAUUACUGCGGCGUUUUUAUCACUCAUUCUACGUGGAUGCACGUGCCCGUAAAUUAUGUAACUACAAUUUCGAUGCCGCGCCAGCCGAGAUGCAAAAUAUAUUGCUGCAGUUUGCUGUGCCCUGUCCCAAAACCCUCUCAAUACCCUCACCUUUGCCAUCGCCUUCGACGCCAGUGAGUGCUGCCAUUAGUGAAGAAAAGGACUCAAGAGAAGAAAACACUGUAAACACCGUCGCAGACCGACUUGACGACCAAGUAAUGCAACAGGAGGCUCUGCCACAGCGGCAACACAAGGCUGCAAUUAGAUAUCCCAUCUCAUAUAAUAUUUUCUCGAACAUAUUAAAUUUGGAUGAGGUUGUGCAGCAAAUGCAACAGGAGGCUCAGUAUGCAAACGUUACCGCCAAUGAGUGUAAGCUCGCAUACUUCGACGCUUUCUAUCGCACUCCGGAAAUACGUCAAAAAUAUAAGUGCACUUUAAAGGCCUGUCCGGCACUUCUAAGGGAAAAAUUGCUUCAACUACCAGAGGAGGAUCCAAUGCCCGAACAUAGGUCAACCUUCGAGAAUAGUGAGGGUAUCCAAAGUGUGGCUGCUCUGUAUGCUGCCCGAAAAGCAGAGCUUGAACGCAUGGAUAAGUCAAACGUUGUUCAGUACACGCCCCACAAUCUGGCGACCUAUAUAGCGCUUCGAACGCAGUGCCCGAAAAAGCGUGCCCUGUUGGAGAAACAUUUCAUUGGCAGGAAAAGGUUGAAGCAAAAAAACACAGAGGAAACCGCAGCGCCAACCACUGACAGCACAGGAGCAGCAACCGUUGAGCCCGCUCACGGGGUUAGAGCAUCAGGCGUAUCAACAGCUAUGGAGCAAAGCACUGAGGCGGUAGCAAAAACUCAAUGCUCGGCUGCAGUUGCAGCACAAAGCGGCAUCUCUGCAAGCAAGUGUGCGAUGAAAGAUGUGGAAUCAGUCUCAAAGAGAAAUUCGAGCGCAGCAAUAACAACAUCUGCGACAACAGUUACAACAACAACAACUAUAAUUGCAAAAACAAUAGAAACAGUAACAACACAAAAAGUAGACAACCCGGAAAUGGGUGCCGUGACAAACACUGUGGCAACAACGGCAGCGGAAAGCUUAGCUACCAACACACCAGCAGCAACAACUGCAAACACGGUGACAGCAACGACCCCCUCGAUGUAUGAACCCACAACUGUCAGGAUCGCCAGCAAUACAGCUCCUAGUAAACCAACAUGUAUGGAAACAUCGGCUGAGAGUAGUUCCAGUUCAUCGAAUAUGGCAGAAACGGUAGCUGCACUGAAAAAAGCAACAGCAUCAAUGGCAAUUCCAGCGGAAAGAGCUACAGCAACUGGUCUAGGCAAUACGCAAAUUACUUUGCCAGCUACAAUAGCUCCAACAGAGAUCCCUGCCUCUGCGGCAAAGGCAGCCGAAGAAUUUUUUGCAGAGAGCAGCAAGGAGCACAACAUUAAGUACUUGCUAUGCACUAGCCACGGCGUAAAGAAAACCAUUUGGCGCAUACUCUCGCAGCUAAGCUAUCCGGAGUUCAAGACAUAUACGAGCAUAUAUAAGGGUGCGUCGUUAUACAAGGAUGAAAGUAUUUUGUGUCGAUGCUAUUACCAUGUGCUGGGCAAGGGAAACUGGCCGGGUAAUUUGCAUCUGAAACUGCAAUUGUUGCCCCAACUGUUGCACAGUAAAGGCGUUGAACUGGAUGCCUUUGAUUUGGGUCAACUGUCACCCAAGAUGCUGCACUAUAUGGAACUACUCCGGUUCAGCAAUUUGGACGAAAUCGUUGAACGGAACUUCCACGCACGCACCGGCCACGAUAUCGAAGAUAUGCAGGAGCUGUUCAUUGAGAUUAGAAAGUUUUACAAGCUGUGCUGGUCACACGAUCAGUGGUUAUAUCAAGUGCCACAGGUAAGAGAGGAGUUAGCGCAGUCAAUUGCUAGGAUGGACAGUGUACCAGUAUGCGAACCAAUGGAGGACUCCGCAUCCCAAUUACCACUUUGCAUGAUUGAGGAAGAUGCUCCCGCUACUGUCGCCGAGCGCCCAGAGGAACAGGAAGAAGCGAACAGGAAUAGCUUAUCAAAGGAACAGGAAGAAGAGAACAGGAAUAGCUUAUCAGCUGAUACGGUUGCGACUACUGCUGCGGAUACAGCUUUGCCAGACUUAAAUGAAAAUGAAUUAGCGCUGCAGGAAUCAGUUUGUCCAUCCACACAACUUGAGUUGUCUCUCCGCCCACCCUGCUUUGUGGACAUGGAGAAUGUUUUCCCCGCCUCGCAAGUGGCAGAGAGCCAAAAUGAUCCACUCAAUCAAAGCAUAUGCCCUGCAGCCGAAGCAAUUCGCGUCAAGGAGGAACCUAUCAAAUUUCUCAACAUGAUGCGCUUCUCGCUCAACAGCGAUAGCAACCCCAAUUCGGAAUUCAAAUGCGAAAUUAUAACAUCUGAGGAACAAAUCAUUAAUCUGGACGAUGAUAUCGUGGAAGAACGGGAGGCAGCAGAUCUGGCUUGCUUUGAGAUAAACAAUUCAAAUGCGCCAUCAUUAUCCUCCGAUUCAAACGUACCUUCAACGUCAGGGGACUCUUUUCAAAAGUUGCUAGCAGAAGUACAACGAUUAGAUGAUGAUUCGCAGGCGCCCACUGUAAGUAUGUGGGUCCCUGCCACCACGGAACCGGUGAUGCCAGCGCCUGGUGCGGAAACAGAAAAUGCAAUUACAACAAAUGUAAUCGAGGCAAAACAACCAGAGCCCGAUCCAGUAUUAACAACAGCAAUGCCUCUCAGGCCUGCUCCAGACAAGAAACAGAUGCCAACAACGACAGCGGUGUCUAGAAAAAGGCCACGUCUGAUGGUUGACAAUGUGCCACAGCUGAGACAUGAGUUCCGGCCCCUACCAAUAGCAGCUAUGGUUCGCAUCGAGUCGCCAGACCUCUUGAAUAAGGAAGGAUCACCACAGCAAGAAGGGCCCACGAGUUCCCGUCAGGCGCAACAGUUAGAGAACCAACCAAACAACGAGUUGGAAGAAGCGAGGACUGUUUCGCAGGAGCUCGCCACCGACAACACACUGAUGGCAUCCUCGCAGAUUCAACACCUGCUGGAUGCACCGUUCGUUAGUAAGCGCAAGGUAAAUGUAGACGAGGUUAGUGAUAGCAAUAAGAAUGAUAGGGCUACGAGGGCGCCAGCAGAGAAACACAAGCGCAUCGUGUUCCGGACCCUGGAGCGUUACCUUUACUUCAGCUCUCUGACAACUGCUCAGAUAAGCAAGUACCACAUCAAUAGCAUGGCCGUGGGCAGCCCGUAUCAGCAGGCCCUGGUCUGCGUUAACGGACAGCUCUGUAACGUCUACGGGCCGCUGCUGGAGACCUUGUUCUCGCAUUGCACGCCCAGUUUGUUGGCCGAUUUUAAGUACUUGUUACGUGAUAUUGGCGAAUUCACAUACAACUCUCGAAGACAAUUGCAAACGGAUUCCACUGAGGAUUUACGUACUCGAGUCCUCUGCACAUUUAUGCGAGUAGCGACACCUUUUGCACAGUUCCGCAUAGAGUUCGAGAACGAGACGCGUGAAUGGGCCAUCUGUAGAGUAGUUGAUAAGCAGGAAAUCGAGUCAACUAAAAGAAAGCCCAAAGGUGAUGUUCGCUCCGCGAUACGGCCCGCUAUACUGGAGCGUAUGAAGCAAGUCAAAUAGACGAUAGUAUUUGUG